AAAACUAUGAAACAACAUCGAGUUUUACAUUUUUGCAAUAUGAACAAAAACAUGCUGGGUUAGACAUGUUUUUUCAGAGCGUUGAAAUGAAAUACUGUAAGCAUUGUUUGUCUCUUACAGGGAGUAUUUUUAGGUGCAAUAAUCUUAAAAAUAUUCGACUUUAAUGGUCAUGAUUAUGUCUAGUCUAUGUGUGUGUGUGUGUGUGUGUGUGAAAAUGUGGGGGUGUUAUUAUGAGGGCGGGGCUUAAUGACGUGGUCGCGGUUGCAGUGUAGCUAAUGUAACUGCAGACGGAGCAGCUGGAGGAUGGAGCAGAGACCGGAGAGAGGGAUGUCUCACAUCGCGGACAGACACAUCUGAAAUAUCACUGCCACAAUUAAGGACCCUGCCCUGAAAUUACACCCAGACUGCGGCUUUUUCUUUUUCUUCUUUUUUUUCUUCUAUUUUUACGAUCAUAUAACCGCUGACACAUGCGCACAAGCCCAUUUCACACCUCUGCCUGUCAACACACCGGCUUCGACUGUUUUGCUGAAGAAACCCCCGCUGAAAAUCUAUCCGUGAAAUUUAUUUUUCGCGAGAUUUGAGAGGAACACACCUUUAGCUGGACUGUCCUGUCAGUGGCUCCCUCAACAUGGAUGAAGACAAUCACGGUGAGACGGUUUUUCCAUUUCCACAUUGGUUUCCUCUCCCCCCUCGCGACCCGUCUGCACGGAUGGAUUGAUGCAUGUUGUGUAUAUCAGGGAGAUUUUACACGUUGUUCCCUUCAGACCGAGGCUGUACCUUAUAAAACAACUAGUGUCUCUUGUCAUGAUUUAUUAUAACCUUAAAAAGAAGCCAGCACGCCUGGGAACAAGAGUGCAAACUCGCAGGUGAGACAGAGUCUGGCUGUCCCAUGCAGAAACAAACGUGUCCAGAAACGCUCAAGUCAUGGUCCAGAUCAAGAAGACAAAAACUCUGCAAAUUUGAUCAUGCAUGCACCAUCUCCAUCUGUUUGAUGUCCUGCUUAGGCUUUGAAGUUGCUCUCACUAUCUCUCUGCGCUGCUGGAAGCCUCUAAACUGGUGCAAAUUGAUAAGAAAUCUCUCUGGCAGCCUUCCAUAUGGAGGAUAAACCAAGCGGGGACCUACUUCCUCUUGAAAACAUGUCAAUUGUAAGGAAGAUACUCCUCUGUUUAGAAAUAUCAGGGAUGCAACCAAUUUAGAGCAUGAUGCUUUUUUAAAAACUAUAUAAAGUAUAAUAAAUGCAUUGAUGAACUGAGAUAAGACUAUUGAACUAUAAAUAGAGGUUAACUUUAAGGAAAUGUAGAGUUUAGGUGAAGAGUCACUCAACCCGAAAGGCAUGCAUGUAGUGCCAUAGACCUGUGUUUUUUUAUUGAGUGAUAAACCUGAGUAAAAUGAACCCGUGCAGCUGCAAGUCUGACACAGAAAACAGCCCGCAUGGCUGCAGCUCACAGUCCCCUAUCAGGUCUUAUAUAUGAUAGCGAAGUUGAAACACACGCAUGCAGUUUGCUCCCGAGCAGAUAAUCCAAACUGCCUCAUGGGCUCAAAGCCUUGAAGGCAGUAUGGUGUAAACAAAUGGUUAUAGCCUGAUAAGAGUUUGUCGGUUAAACUGUGAGAGAUUAGCAGAGAGCCUCAUCUGGAUGUCCACUUUUUUACACAUGUCUGAAGAGUGUGAAUGUGCACCAACUAUGUACCCAGAAAGACCCAGUUAGACUUUUCACACUACUCAUACUGUUUUUGUCUUCAUGUGACUGAUCAAUUUUAAAAACUACAUUUCAAUUAAGAGUCUUAUUCUUUGUAUAUUCAUGGUCCUUAAAGGACGAACCACAAGGUUAAUUGUGACUGCAUGCAGUUUAAUUUUGGUGCGUAUUUUGAGGCAGAGGCAUGGUUCAAGAAGUUCAAAAGUCUAAUUAAAAACCAAGAAAGUGGUGCAUUCAUGAUCCAGGGAAGAUAGACCCUCACUGUACAGACACAUAGCUUUACUUACUUGUUUUUUCUAGCAUGUUGUGAUGAUCUAUAUGGUGUUUUGGAGGCUUACUGAAAGUGAAAUGAUUUGUGGAAUAAUGGUUUAGUUUUUGGAUUAAAUUGAUUUUUAUUUAGUUUAACUGCAAUGACUCACUGUAGCGAUAAAUUACUGCACAAAAAAAAAUGAGAAUCACAUGUUCUCUUCCCUCUUUACAUGAGGCCAGUUAAAGAGAUAUCGGUCAAUGAAUCAUGUGACAGGAUGUCAGAGAGCAGCGGAGACAUGCUGCCUGUGAUCAAACUGGAAACAUACGACACACACUCAGAGAGAUUAUAUGCGCAGCCCUGUGCAGCGCGUGAAUUAUUCAAAUAUCUUACCAUAAAUGUUAAAGUAAUUAAGUGCUAGAGUUCGCUCACUGACACCCUCACUGCUUCUCACUGCCUCACACGCACACGUCACUUAACAUUGUUCACACACACGCACACCUUGAUAUGCUGGUAUCACAACGCUGGCACUUGAAGCUAAAUUUGUCUCCAACACUUGCUAAUAGAAGCUGAUGUCAAAGUUGCACCUUCAUCAAGAGGAGCUUGCCAACCCAGAUAAGCUCCAGGAUGCAUUAUGAUGCCAAAGUGUUUCUUUAUGACCUGAAUCCAGCUAAUGACAAGCUUUGAUUUUUACUCUGAGGGGGUUUUCUGCAUGACAACAUAUAUGCACAUUACCCUUCAUUUGUGCACAUUAUGGAUCAUGAUCUCACGCCUGCCUGUACAGUAUGCAUGCAAACAUAUGCGCAAAGUAGGGGCAAUGAUUUGUUCUGCAUCAGGGCACCAAACUGAGUACAUUAGAGGGAGAAAAGAGCCUACAGAUGGUACCCUUUAGGAUUGAUUAAUGCCACUUCCAGAUGAGCAUUAAUGACAUUGGAGGAGAAGGAGAAGUUUCCAGACAGAGUGGUUUUUAUUGUACAUUAAAAGUUGACAAUCAAGCUACGAUCAACUGUUUUGUAUUAAAAACAAUUGGAUUAAGAAGCAUCAUUCCUGGAAUAGCCGUGUUUCUAGUUAAAUACUCCACACAGGGUGCAUAUUUUUUAGGCAAGUUUUAACUGCACAAUAAAUGAAACCGUUAAUGAUUUAACUUAAACAUGGGAUUCAUUAGUACAUUUUUACUGCACAUGCUAAUCAGACUUGCCGCUUCUCUGCCUCGGUUUACGCCCCAGAGCAGACAGAGACUUAAAUGAAAAUGAGCAACAGGCUUGAAAUCCUACAAGUUUUUAUUACUCAUGAGUCUAUUUUUAGCAUCCUACUAUAGCUGGAUGGAGAAGUGGAAAGAACGUAGAAGCAGAAAUUGGCUGGAAAGCAGCUCACUGAGCGGCUGGAAGGAGACCCUGAAUUUUAAGACUUGGCUUGCUUGUAUUUUCUGGUCUGUAUAGCAGCGUUGUGAUCCUGUAGCAAGGGAUUAAUAUGUGCAGAGUAAAUAGCUGUUUUGGGAGUAAGAGUAUAAAAAUUUUGAAAUAAACAGAAUUGACCUUUAAAAGAUGCUUUGCAUUUGAAUAAAGACAUCCGUGAAAACUCAGACUCUCCAUAAGAAAAAAAAAGGAAAAGAAAUAGGCCUGCAGUUUCAAGACAAAGAUAUCCAUGGGCGUAUCCAGAGUGCUGUCUGGGGUGGCAUUAGCCCAAACUAAAACCAGAUUAGCCGUCAUAGCUGCGACCCUCUGAUAUUCAACUCUGAUUGGCAGUUUUCUUGGUCUGAGGCGGGACUUGGAUUCAAACCAAGAUAGUAGGUCAUGAUAUUCCAAAGCAUCUAAUUUCCUGGUUAGAGGAAAUUUCAAUUCCGACUAGCUUGUCUCAAAGCCAGAGAUAUAUCAGGAAACGGUCCAAAUUUAGCAUAAUUUAAUUUAUAUGGAAAAACACAGGACUACAGAGUCUGCCAGUGAACAAUGUCAAAUUUGUUUGCUGAGCAUGGCUAACGCUAGCAGAGCUUGCACCAGCCUUCAGUCCUCCCUGCAGGUUUACCCACAACCCCCACAUCCCUACAUAUGUUUUGAGUCCUUUAAGAAUAGAAGAUUACCAGUUUAAUUGAUGCUAAAUCAUGUGUUAUCAAAAUUAUUGAAAGUAAAAUACAGGAAUAAAAAGACUGCAAAAUAUCCUUCAAUUAAAAGUAAAAAGAGGAAAAAUUAAUAGUUUACACCCAAACCCUGCAGAUGUUGGGGAACCUGACUCUAGAUUGUUUAGAUACGCCCCUGCUGACGCCGUGAAAUGCACUAAAACAGGAUCCUGUGAGGUUCCUUGAGAGAAUUUCCUGUGUAAUGUCGUGAUAACCUCUUUGUGUCAGUCCACACUUUUCUGUCUCUCUGACCGUGGGAAAGCUGAAUGGGAAAGGCUUUUUUCCUUCAAUUCUUCUCCCCUCUUUGGGCUGAAAGAGUGAGUGUGUGCUGGGAUAACAAAUCAUAUCAGACUGCAGCACCACUAUUUUGUCUGUUAGGCAUUUUAAUGGAGUAUUCAUGGCAGUGUCUGUGUUCAGGAUCAUUGAUGCACACCUUGGCUUUGUUAUUUGACUUCUUUUCCAGUGAAGAUAAAAGUGCCUCUGUUCCCGGCAGUUUUUGUUAUUGUCUCAUACUUAAUGGUCAACUGACUGGAUGUAGUAGCUUUGUAUCAAGUUCAGCCCAGCAGGCAGGAAACCCAAGCUAAGGUGACUUUAGAAAAAAUAUGACUAACAUACUGUGUGUGCGAUUUCUUGGCGUCUAGUCCCGUCAUUCUGAGAGGGAUUAGUCAGUAAGAAGGGGAAGUUGUUGUGAUUAGGAUACGCUCUUUGUCGUGGCUUCAGGCUGAAUGUGUGGGAGGACAUGAGGCAGUCACUCGAGGCGAGAUGUGACUGCUCUUUAGCUAAACUUUGCCCUGGGAGGUUGGCUGGCUCAGUGUAAGUGGUUGGUGCUGAAUGGCGAGACAGCAGCCGAACAGAGCGUAGACAUCUGUGUCUGUCUGCAUCUGUUUCAUCUACCUAAAGUCCCCCCUGUAGACACGCUGCAAUACUGUACACACAAUCUGCUUAUACAGUGGGUCAGAUGCAUUAAAGCUGAAAAUUACAGAAUACUUAUGACUUUUUCUGUGACACUGGUUUGAUGAAAUUCAGAAUUUUCUAGUUUAAAUUUUUUUUUACAAUAUUUGAUAAAGUACCUUGAGGUUUAUUAGACCCUCAAAGGCAUAAUAAUUGGCUCUAAGAACUAAUGGUGAGCAUCCGCCUGGCUCUAUCUGGCUCUAAAUAGUCCAAACACUUAAUGUUCACCAACAUUUUCACCCUGUUUUUCCUGAAAGCCCUUCAAAUUUGAGUCGAUUACUUUGUAUUCAGACUGAACAGGGAAAAAGUCAGUAUUGUCUGACUCAUACAAAUUUCUCAGAUAUCAUUUGUUUUAUUUGUGGUGAUUACACAAGACCAGCAAAUAUUUGGCUCACCAGAAAUAGCAGAGAACCGUGGUCUGUUGGGAUUAGGCUCAAAACAUCACCUGAGAGUCAAAGCUUGGUAGAUAUGUCUUUACUUUUCUAACUUUAUUACAGCUUCAAACAUCGCCAACGUAAUUCUCUGUUUGCUGUAGUAGUGGCAACUCGAGCUGGUAACAGGAUUUGUAGUAUGUUAACCAACUCUUGAUGGGUUUUGUUUUUGGUGUAUGCAGCGUCUAUCUUUAUGUCUUUCGCUUCGGUCACAUAGCUCCAGGAUAAACAGACUUUGCUGCAGAUUUCAAAAUAACAAAAAAAAGAGAUGCUAAAAUAAUCCAAAUAUAUUGCAAAGGUCGUGGUUUGUCUGGUCUUCCCCAUUAUGGCAACCAAACAGUUCAAACUGGGCUACACAUUCUCGCAGAAGUCUGACUAGACAAAUACACACCAGUGUGAAUCGAUCCAGAUCGACAAAUCCCUUCAUUGAUUUUUAUGUGAUUGUGUAUUUAAUGUCUUCUUCCCUUAAAAUAGUUAUCAGACAUUUCUUAACAGUUGAUUUGAUUAGAAUCAUCCAAAUACAUGUAUCACUCUUAGGCUUACUAAACAUGCGUAUUCACUUUUUAGAAAGCAAGACAAAAAGUGUAAUACUUUUGUACUAAACUUGGAGCUACAACCUCCUAAAGGUUAUUUUAGUUUAGCAAAAACACUGAAAAUAUUAGAAACAUCUUGCAUAGUUCUAUCAGAGAGUAAUCAGAAAUCAUACCUUUUAAAUUCCUCCACUUUUUUAUCCUGUUAUUCAAUUUAUAUUCAAACUUGAUGGGGUUUUAGAGAUGGCUGGUAAAAUGUUCCAGUCUCUAAGCUAAGCUUGCUUUACUUUUUAAAGCUUACACAUGGAGGAUUUGUAUUAUCUCUUAAUUUCCCCCCUAAAAAAAGUGAUCAAUCUUAAAGUUUCAAAGUAUUUCUUUAAAAUGUUAUCAGACCAGUAGUCAUACCACUGAUUCUUUGGUAUUUUUAACUAUAGAACCUCUCAGAAGCUUUCGUAUUUAUGUGGAUGUUUCGCUUCACAUCUGGUUUGUUCACCUGCGUCACCCCAGAAAGAAUUCCCCCUCAGGUAUAAAAACAUUAAGCUGGACUGAAUUCACCAUUUCCAAAUUUCCUGCAACACCCCAGUAGCCAAAAACAAAUGUCUGCAACUGUUUAGGCAAAAUGUGUCUCUUAUGUGUUUUGACACAGAUGCCAAAAAAAAUGUGCUAAAACAUACGCCUAAAAGUCUUGUUGGUUGACCUGGCAGGCUGGCUGUGUUGUUUAAAGGCUUAAAGGGAGAUUUGAAAAGAAGAGAAAUUCAUUUUGACUGCCAAGAUUAUGGCUUUUGUGGUGCAACAUUAGAAGAUUAAACAUACAGUACAUUAUACCACAUGCAACGGGACAAAUACCCAAACACAGACAGGGCUGACAGAGUGACGUGCAAGGAUUGAGCUGAGGCUUGUAACAAAGUGCAUGAUUUAAGUGAGAGAGGAGACUACAUAUGGACCUGAUUAGGAGCGAGACCAGGGAGGCUUCUCGACAUGUUCCCAUCACCAUGGUAGUGUCUGAGUGUGUGUAGUGGUCUGUCAGUAAAGCAACAUUUCUGCUGUUGAAUAGAGGUGCUCUUUGCCUGGAUAUAUUGCUUGGAGCUGUCGAGAGGGGAUCCCUUUAAGAGCGAGACACUGAGCAGAUGGGAGACAAAAGGAACGGCAAAUUAAAUGAGCCAGAGUCACAGAGGAAGACAGACAGACAGACAGUUAGGACAGCAAAGAUGCACCGUGUUUGAGUACUCCGCACCUAGUUUUAGUGGAAGAAGGGUUUAGAGAAAACAAGGUCCAGCUGACUAUACAGACAGAAUGAGGAGGGGCGAAGGGGGCCGUAGAUGUGUGUUUUUUGGCUCUUGGCUCAAAAGAAAUAGGGAACCGUACCACUGCCCAGCCUUGUUUGCACAUUAAUAACACUCCCUGGCUCUUUUUCAUUUCAUUUCCUGAAGUUUUUCUCAAUAAAGUAGUAUCUUGAAUUCUGUUUCAAACAGACUUGCUGAGGGACUGAGCUGCUUCUACAUUCAGCAGGUAGUCGUAACAUAGACAUACUUAAAACAAUCCAUCUACUGUGGUGAACUUUGAGUCAAUACCAAAAAGAACAAUUAUCUCAACUUUCUGGGUGGUUUCUCUUGUAUGGAUCAAAGGUAGCCCUGGUCACAUUGUUUCUUGGAUCAGGGUGGUCUGCAGAAAUCAGUGUUUUUGUAGGCAGGCACACAGUGAUCACAAACAGUCUGGACUGGACUUUCAAGCAGACUGGAGGCGGACAUGUGGUUCAACACCGAAAGGUUGAAAGUUGGUGCCGAUCAUCUCUCCCUGCCUGUAUCUGCUCAACUUCAUGGUACAUAUCAAAACUUAUUUCCUCUCAUCUAUUGUUGUGUAAGGAAUGAAAUACAGACACCGGCUAGAUAUCAAUCGCAAUAAUGGAGUUGAGGGCGCCCGUGUCAGAUAAAACGCCACAACCAUUAUGCUCCCUGUCAAUCACCUGAGACUCGCAGGAAGAACACGCAGAGUAAGAACAGAAAUAACCCCCAAAGUCGGCUAUAUGUCACUUUUUAAUAACCGUCGUCUUGCAUUCUUGUUUUUCAGAUACAGGUAAUACUCGAGUUAUGCUGAAUCUGUAAUUGUUUAAUAACACAAGCUAUAAACUGCUUCAACAAGACAAAGAGCUUGUAGCCGUAUCAGCGGCUCUUGCAUUAAGGCCAAAAUCAGCAGACCAACAUGAUGAUAAUGACAGUGCCAGCAGAUGUUUAGAAAGUAUGAUCCUUUUUUUGUUCGCCAUCUUAAUUGAAUAAAUACCACGAACCUUGUAUCUUGCUUUAAAUCCAGGUUGACCUUCAGGAAAGUAUUGUUUUACCAUAAAGCCUUCAUAGCAAGUAGAUGUUACCUCAUCAUGCUACCACUCUGUCUGCAGACUGCUGUACUGGUUGCAGACCAAAGUUUGACAUGUUGGUAAUCACCAUUUUGAUUAUUUCAUAGCAGGAUAUCAGGUACUAAGAUAGUGUCAAAGCUGUGUCCUAAUUCAGGUGUGGGAUUUUUUGAAGGAUCUAGUCUUUGUAGCUGGUCAUGGUUUGGUUCACAAAGUUUUCCUUUUUGAAUAUCAAGCUGUUUUUGUCCUUCCACCCUUGCUGCUUUGCAUCUGGUAGCUUGCUAGCUAACCAGCUGAUGUAGCUAGUAUCACAUACUAGGGGUGUCCAGGUACAACUUUUCUACCUCCGAUACGAUACCGAUAUUGUAGCCUUCAGUAUUGUCUGAUACCGAUAUUGAUCCGAUAUUAGCACAAACUUGUGCAUGAUAAGUUUUGCACUCAGUUGCAACGUCUUUUUCAAACUUAAACGAAAAAUACUGCCACAGGGAUCCGGGUGCUGCUAGAUAGAGGUGCUGGAGCGGAGUCUGGAAUGAACUGCUUGUACCAGAGUGUUGAUAUUGGAGAUUUUAGAUGCAGGCUGAUACAAUCUGAUAUCUGAUUUUUGUUGAUAUCAGACCGAUAUCAGAUAUCAAUAUCGUAUCGGUACACCCCUAUCACAUGCUGUUACCACUAUCACCACUGUUUCUGUUAGGAUCACUUUCUUUAAAAAGAAUUAAUUAUUUUCAUGCAAUAGUGAUAUUUGUCUCUAUUCUGGGAGGUCUUUGCCUGAAUGCCAAAGCCUGCGACAGGGAGAGCACAUCUCCUUUUCGAUUGACCAUACAUGAAAAGCCAAGGCAGGGAGAGCAGCAGCAAAGACCCCCAGCACAGAGACCAGAGCAGGCAUCAGUACAUGUAACACGGGUUAAGUUAGACACAGACUGAAAUCCUCUGUGGUAUAGGUUGUCAAUCUCAGGUAUCCAUGGCUUCAAUACACCCCAGUUUUAUGGUGUAUUUGCUACUUAAUGGGAGUAAAAUCUAAAAAAAAAAGCCCAUUGUGCUGUAUUAUGGGUAUGUUGGCCCAGUGAGAGAGCAACAGUGAAAGAUAGAUGCUUAUACAGCUUCCUUCCAAAAUCAGCAUGAAACCUGGAUGAACAUCUGAGAUCAGUUGCAGCAUGUUAACAGACUAUCUUGGAUUGUAACCAGCGUGUGAAAGCCCCUCGUCCUGCUCUGAUGCCAGGAGAAACAGCAUCCAUCUAAGUCACUCUCAGGCUGAUCAUAUCUUCAGAUUAUGGUUGCUUUGGCUCCAGCAUAUGGCCAUGGAAACCCCCUCAGAUAGUACUGGCUGUGUUCAACGAAUCAGAUGUUGACAUAGUGCUGAUGCUGAGCAGAUGUGUGAUAUAAGGAGGCCAUCACGGUCGGACCACCUCCUAUGCAACCACACUCUCGCACAAAUGCACUCACAGCAGGAGGUCACUCCCCAAAAACUGCAGAUUAACCAGAGCAAUCAGUGUAUGGGCUCUUCAGCUCCCCGAGCCCCAGAUUCUCCUCAUGAACUCAGCGGUAGUUAAAAACUAGAAGCCAUAUUAGCCCCCCGAAUCUGUCUUCUCACGCAAUAAUGGCUGGGACUGAUGUUACAGGCUGUAGCACAGUGUACAGUUAAAAUCCACAUGCAAAGACAGCACAUAUAAAUGGUAGCUAUCAGGGAUUUACCCAGUUUUUAAGUAGUCAUGUACUUGUACUGUAUGCUCUAUUAUUCUCCAGGAACAGAGUCAAUUUAGCACAAUGAUGAUACAGCAAACAUAAAAGCUUUCAUGCUCCCUGCUGCUGCUGUUUUUUUUUUUUUUUUGAUCUGUCCUUUCCUUCUCUCUCUUUUACUGUUUUCUCCUCAAGCUCUGAAACACUUUGGAUUAAGCUUGUUCUGUGCUAUGCAGAUAAUGUUGUUUUCUUCAGACUUACAAUACAUUUUUUAACUAUUUUGAUUAUCAGCUGAACAUGUGAGUCACUUUUUAGACGAGGGAAGCAAAAAGUAUUCAAUCUCCUACAUCUGAAAUUUGAGCAUGUGCUAUCUUAAACCAAGUAUGUGAAUUAAAGUUAAACAAAUUGAGACAUUGCAUUGGUCCUAGAUAGAUUGCAAUCUCAAAAAAGAAAAGAUUCAUCAGUAUUUUGACACUAAAUGGGAUGAAAAAUAAAUGUUUCAUGCCAUAUUUUGUUGAUCUAGCUUCCUCGCCAAAGAAAAAAAAAAACAUCUGUUCAAUAGUAACUGAAUAUUUUUUUACCAACAACAAAACAAUUUCUAUUUUAGAAAUUUGCAGCUGCAGCAUCAAAGAAGUUCUUGCAUGCUUUUUUAGUUUUGAGUUAUUUUUACAGGAUAGACAGACAGGAAAUGUGGGGAGUAGAGAGUGGGGGUAAACAUUAAUCAAAUGGUCCUGGCUGAGAGUCAAACCAGCCACUGCUGUGACAAAGACUAUAGCUCCUGUACGUUGGGCGUCCCCUUCGGCCAUUGGGCCAACAGCGCCUUGAGAGCGUGUUUUUAUCCAUGAUAACAUUCACUAACUCUCUGUACUGUUGGAAACCUCCCAAAUUUACAGAUAAUGUUUAGCAUAUUAUCCCCCCUUUUUUUUCCUCAUACCAUCCCCCUACUUUUCCUUGCGCAACAAUCACAUUCCUUCUAUGCUUUGGCUUGUGCUUUAUACUUUUGUAUUAGUGUAGUUAUUUCCUCUCAUGCAGGAAACCUUAUUUGAGUGUGCAGUUUGCAUUAACGACAUUGAAACACUAGUAAGUGUACAUUAUAUAUCUCGUAGUGCAAUCUACUUUGUUACAUAUUUAGCAAUGCAAUACAUCUUUUUGACUCUAAUAAGUGCUACUCUUCUCUCUGUUGAUGUCUGAUAUCAUUUACAUAGAGUAACGUGUCUUAAUUUUGUUGUAUAUUGUAUAAUGUCAAUAGUUUAUUGUCACCAACAUCAGUCAAAUUGACAUUCCUUUUCUCCUAAUAUAUUAAGAAUAUUUAUUAUCACUUUAUCUGUUAUUGGCUUGUUUUUUUUCACAUUUACGUCUCCAACCCAUGUGCGUAUGUGUCUGGUCUUUCACCCUCUGUAUCAUAACCUCUCCCUCCUCACCUCAGCCUAUGCUCCGACAUCCCAGCAUUCCUGCUCUGUGGCUCAGAGCCAAAGGGUCUUUGCUGACAGCUCCGUCAGACUGUCUCUGCCGCUGUGCACGCUGUCGCAUUAUUUCACCCAGCAUCACUGAGGCGAAGUAGGUUAAGGGUAGGCAGCGGCUGGUCGGUACAACAUCUGUGCAUACGCUGUUAUACAUCACACUUCCGCUCUGACAGAGAUCCUGGUGGGUUUCCACAGCGGCAGGGAGGGCCAUUGUGUGGGAUUAGUGCCAGCUGGCUUUAGUGUGUACGUGCUCAUGUGUGAGUCUGUCUUUAUGUCUGUCUGUGUCUGUGUGUCUGUCUGUGUGUGUGACCCAGGCUUUAAAGCAGAGCAUGUCAUCAUCCACAGUGAGAGGGAUUGAGAGCGGCGGGUUUCAGAUUAGAGCCGGAUCUAGAGGAAGUUUCUUCACCCUCCUGCUUCCUUUGCAUGUGUGCCAGUGUGCCGCAUAGCCAACUGGGGGUAACAGGGUUAUCGUUUUUAAAGCUCACCCACUUUUAAGAGACAUUAUAGCAGGCUAAAAUCUCAGUUUAAAGCCAGUAGAUCUGGGCAAAUCCUCUCUCUCUCUCUCAGUCACACCAGUCAGUGAAAAGUGUGUGGGAAUACAGCCAGUGUUAAGUGAGCGUGGGAUUUUCACUCUGAGCUCCAUGUGAAUACCUCGCUGUUGGAUACUGGUUCGACGGAAAUCCUUGAUUAAGUUCUCAAGGCCUGGAAAUACUCUAUUCUUUCUUUCUCUAAAAAAAUUGCAAAUGUGACCAAAGUAAACACUGUACAAGUUAUAAAAUUCAGCCUUGAUCCAGCCUCUAGUGGGUUUGUUUGUGCCAAAUCGGCCCUGUAUUAGUUUAAAUGCCAUCAAAGCCUCGGGUUUCAGUGGGUGGCCGGGGACAGUUGUUAGUUUUGGGUGUGAAGAGCAGCAGGGGAUUUACUCCAGAAAGUAGAUUUUGAAGGAUUUUGGUUUUUAGGGGGGAAAUUACUGAAGCUUGUUUUUUGUUUUUUUGUGGUGCACAUGUUCACGUUUAAACCCUUUGGACCCUCUCAACCCAACAUCAAAUAUAGUGCAAUUUUGAUGUGAUCGUUCUUAAAAGUCACAGAUGUUGAUGUUCUCUGCACAUUUAGCUCACAUACUGAUAAAAACGAGUGUUUUACCAGCUACAGCUGUCCUGCUAUUAGACCGUCUGACCUCCCAAAGGUCUGUUGUUUACUACGAAGAAAUGACUCACACCAAAGUUGAUUUAAGUAGAAUAUCAUUCAAGCGUGGCUGCUUGGUUAGAGCCAAUGUGGAGCUUUGGCAGCAUGACUCCCUCUGUGCCUGCUGAAGACACUAAACUAAUUUCCUGAAUGACUCACAGAAGGUCACAGGGGGAAGUGUGUUAAUCAUGUAAUUGGUGGACCACCUCGGUAGAAGAGCCCCUCCACCACCACUAAACAAGAUUAACCACUGGACCAGAGGUCUGAGUACUGAUUUUAUUGUACCGUCUUAUUUCAAAUAUCUGAUUGAAAGGAUCGAUACUACAGAAUAGCCAGUAAUAGAGACCUGGACUGGAGGAUGAUGGAAACCUGUUGCCAUUAAUGGUGUCAGAAUUUUAUUAAGGGGAGCAUUGUCUGCUUGUCAUUAGAUUUGUUAUGAGCCAAGAUUAUGAUCAUACACAUUGUUGCAGCCAAUGGAUACACAAUCUCCAUUAGCUAAUGCACAACCUCAGGCAAAGAGGAAACAAGGAGCUGUCUGCUGCUGGCACGUCUUCUUUAACAAAGUAGUACAUUAAAAAAAGAGAGAAACGCUUUUUUAAGUGCUGCAUUGAGUGAUUUUUCCAAUUAUUGAUUAAUCUGAUAAAUACUUUCUAUAUGGUUUGGUUUUUGUCAGAGAAAUGUAUACUUAGAGUUUGUUGUGACGGGUUUGAGAAAGGGUGUUAUAACAGGUUUUGAUAAGGUGUCUAGUAAGAGAUAUGAAGCCUCCCUGGGAGCUGACGUGUUGUGCUGGUUGUUACACUAGCUUUCUGAGAGAUGACCUCAAACUUUUCAAAACUGACGUUAAAGAUUUGUUGUGAAUCAAAAUACAACGACAGAGCUUGUGCCUCCUCUGGUUACUGUCGAGGUCCUUUGACAAUUUAGUGCUGCAGGUUUAAAUGUUGCCCCUCUGUUGGGUUACCUUUUGAUGUUAAAACUAUGUACAAGAGUAUAAAUUAAUGGGUUUUUAUAGAUAAAAAAGUGUAAGUAGUGGAUAUAAUCCUCCCAAGGUUUGGGCAAGCCCCCAGACAACAGGCUUUCAUUAUCAAGCUUACAUGUUGUUUUAACUUAUGUUAUCAGCAUUGGUUUAUCACAAACUUUCUAAUAUGGGAUAUUAAGCACAAAACACAGCUAAAAGAGGUGGUAAUACUGUGUUUUGGUACCGGUUAUGACUUUAGUUUCACCGUUGAGUUCUGUAUUUGGUUUGGUUAAAUCAUGACUAAUAUGGAGAAUUACACUUAAGAGUUGUUAAAUACUAAGUGUGUAAUACUUAUACAAAAUUUGUAACGAUGAAAAGGUCUUAGAUGUUAAAAUGUUAAACUCAUUUCUCCUAAUACUGAUUUGUCUUUUUUUAAUGAUAACUUGCAUCUACUCCCACAGGAUCUAACAAAAUGUGACUGAUGAUAUCUUAAGUCAAACAUUUUAGCGCGUACUUACAAAGCCAACAGCCCAGUUAUUCUUGAAAAGAGUUCCAAACAUUGGGAAAUUCUGUCUAUUAAAUAUGAGGCAGCAGCUGGCAGCUAGUAAGCAAGAUUUAGCUUUAAAAAUGAGGGCAUGGAGAGCCUCUUACUGGCUUUACAAAAUGUUGAAUUAUUCCUUUAAGUUUGAAAACUUUUUUCUGUAGAAGACAUGGACAUGAUAUAACCGCUCAAUGGUGAGAUUAAAUGAUUGUGUAAAACAGUCCUGUGACUUUUAAAGAGCUCUAACUAGCUUGAUCUCAGAGUGCGUAGAUGUAUUGCGUAAGUGCUGUGAGAUUGCUGCAGGUUAGUUAUGCUAAUUAACAUCUUUGUUUUCAUACUUUUAGUCACUGUGCAUUUAUACCUCCUUAUCUUGUUAUUAAAAACACACCCUCCAUAGGAAAUCCAUCAGCUAUUUCUGCUACCUGACCUUCAGUAUGUUGCUUCAGGAGUAGAUAACUAGGUUCGGAAGGGCCUUUCGUCUCUUAAUUUGAGUGCCAUGUUAAACAGUACUCGGCUCCCUUGGAUGCAACUCUUUUUCAAGCUGUUGAGUAAAAUAAAGGUUGGAUGCUUCCUCUUAAACCUGGUGACCUUGUUUUACUUUAAUUGGCAUCCCUGCCUGCCUGCCUGUGAGAGGCAACAACAAGUGAUUUCUUUUAUAUCUCUCUUUAGCAGCACAUGAGCAGAGAGCUGCGACUGUGAUUGUAGAUGUGCCAUUUUUCCCGUUGAGAGACUUUGCGUUUUCUGCCUCUAAGCUGGUUUAAUGAAGCAAGAUGGCACACAGGCUCCUCUUUGCUGCGCAAAAUUGAUAAACAAUGUGUGCGUGGGUGGGAAAGAGAAAGAGAGAAGGAGAGAGAGGAGUGGGGUAAAAGAUUGAAAAACAAGAUUGAGAUGUAAAGUCAGAGUGAAGAACGAGGGAGAAAAUUCCCAACAGAAAGUACCCUGCUCCUGCUCAUCCAUGCCUGGAGCUCUUACACCCUCACAGCCUGGGAAUCAGGGUCGUGGGCCGUGUUAAAUUCACUUCUAAUGAAAAAAAUCUUAAUCUGGAUUGGUUUUAUUAAUAGAAUGUUCCCCUGAGCCAAACGGGGAAGGAGGGAGUGAGGCGCUAAAAACACUUUCAAGUGGAAUAAUUAAGACCCCUCGAAUCCCCUCUUUGUAGUUAAUUAAGGCAAACAUGGAGCUGCUUGAUAUGUGUUACUGCAGCUGAACAAGGUGAAACAGUCAGUACAGCAGCAGCAGCAGCAGCCCUGUCACUUUACCUUUGUCUCUCAUCUGUUCUGAGCUGAGUGGAUCCUGGGAUGUGAGCGAUGCCCAGAUGAGAGUUAAACUGUGUUUCCUCGUCGUGUGUUGCAGUUCCCGAGGACCUGUCCCUGGAGGAGAGGGAUGAGCUGUCAAAUAUCCGACGCAGGAAGAGAGAGCUGCUCGAUGAUAUUGAGGUGCGUGUUUUGACACACAUACAUUACAAUUAAAGGAGCGACAGUAUAUAAACCUUUUUUGCAUAUCUGUUGCAACAGCAUCGCUCUAUUUGCAUACUGUAUGUAAUGCAAAUAGAGCUGCAGUAUAUCUUUGCAAACUGAAUCUGCUCACUAAAAGCAGUGAAUUUUUCACUGCUUACAGUGCAUCUCCUUCCUCUUCAUCUCUAAAGGCUUAUAUUCUUUCCUCUUAUCAUCAAAAGAAAAAGGACUAAUUGUGACAUAUCUGACUUGUUUCCCUCAGAGGUUGAAGUUCGAGAUAGCUGAAGUGAUGACGGAGAUCGAGCAGCUGACAUGUGUUGGAGAAAGGUAAGCCACUUGAGUUAAGAUGUCACAUUGUAUACAUACAUGCUAAAGUUUCUGACAGAUCCCCAAUAUGGCAUCAACCAUUUCAGAGUGCUUUAAAAUACAAUACUUAUUUUACAAAUAUUAUAUGUAGUAAGGUGCCAAUGGCCAAGAUUCAAGGUAAAGCUUAUAAACCAUUACAUAUCACAAUUUUUGUUGACAUGUGAGUGGAAAUGAUCAAAUUCAACUAAUGGAAAUUAUAGUAAUUUGAGUAAACGGGAAAAAAUAUUAACCCCUACUAGUGUAGUCUCUCGUCAUUGUAUUACCAUUUGAUGUUUUUGACAAUAUAAAGUUACUUUAAAGGCACCAUGAGUUUUAGACUCAUUUUUAAAUAGCGCCAGUCUUAUACUGAUGUCCCUCCAUGACAUACAUAGCGAAACAAGGUUAUUAGCAACAAAUUCAAUUAUUUAUUUUGCUUUAAUUUGGUUAGUUCGAAUUUGUUUACACAAAGAAAGCUGUGUUGGGGUUUGGGUUCACCUAGAAGUAACUCUGUUUAGAUCUCUUUUGGUAAAGCUUGGUGGGGAGAAGAAAAUUGUCAAUCAGGGGAGGUCUUUCCUUUUGAUAUUUUUCUUUUCAAAUAAUGUGUGUACUCAUGGUGUAUAUAAUACUACAGACAAAAGAGUUAAAUUCCUUAUAAAACCCUUAAAAUCUCCUGAUAGUGCCUUUAAUGUUGGGCAGACUGUGGUAUUAGAUUGCAUCAGCUUGUGUGGGUUUACCUCUUGUGUGCAUAACAACAACAGUCUUUAUAAUGUAAUUUAAAGAUAACUCCAUUUAGUUUACUAUAUUUACAUGACAGCCAGAAGUAAGCGUUUAGAGCUUUCUGCACACUGGCUGUCAAUUAUACUGUAUAUAAUAUGGAGAAAUACUGAACACGAACUAAAAAACUGUGGAUGAUUAAUUUUCUGAAUACAUCCGGCUCCUGCAGUCUCUGGAAAACUUGAACAAUGACCUCCACAGCCCUAAAUAAGACUAGUACAAGUUUUUGCUUUCAGCCAUAAUAACCAGACCUAGAAUUAUGACUCUUAUUUGACUCAUUGCCUUAAUCUUAGUUGUCUUUAGGAUUUGCAUGUCCGGAGCUCAGAGAUGUCAAAGGGUUUUUUGUUGAGCUGAUAUAAGCUAACACCAACAGCUGGACAGGAAAUGACUUUAUUAGGAAGCACACAUAGCUUAUCGUGUCCAUCUAGUAGUCCGUGUAGUUCAAAUAUUUACUAUUUACACGUUAUGUUUGGUUAAAAUGUUAACAACCCCUUUCUAUAUAAUAUACUGUAAACACCAGGCUGGAGAGACGGUGUCAUUUGUCCAACCACCAGCUGCAUAAAGCAAACAGUGACAGAUAGUAUACACCAUAUGUGAGUGUAAUAAAUCAGACAGGAAUGUUGUCCAUACAAAAAGAGUGUGUGAGCUGUUUGUCAUUAAGGUGGUGUUUGCUCAGUCCCAUCACCUGCAUCUUUAUCCACUGCAGGUUUAACAAACUCAUUUCAAUUUUGUAGACGUUUUGUCCACAAGCUUGUGUGUGCUGAUUGGAAAGUUUUGGGUAUGGUUUUAAAAAUGAGUGUGUCAUUUUUUUUAAGCAGAGGAGUGUUUUCCACCACGUAUUUUCCACCUCUUUUUUUUUCCUUUUGUUGCAGCAAAACGUCUCAGAGAAACAAACAGAUUGCUAUGGGCAGGAAGAAAUUCAAUAUGGAUCCAAAGAAGGUACAGUGUGUCUUCAUGUUGUCAUCACAAACCACAACAGCCUCCAGUGUAUCUGCAGCCUUAAGAGAAAUGAUUUUACCAGAGCUACCUCAAAGAGCCAUCCAUUCUCAGCCAUGAAACCCUGUCAUUUUCAAUCAUCCCACCUUAAUUGAGAUGAACAGCCGUCCUUUUUUCCCCUCCUCCCUUCAUCUCCAGGGAAUCCAGUUCCUGCUGGAGAACGACCUCCUUCAGCACACCCCUGAAGACAUCGCACAGUUCCUCUAUAAAGGCGAAGGCCUCAACAAGACCGUCAUUGGAGACUACUUGGGCGAGAGGUGAGACAAAGAUCUCCUCCUUGUUUCAGAUUAAUGUUUCCUCUGUGAUUAGAGUAAGGCAUUAUGAGCUGCAUUUAUUACAUGAUUGACCCAGAGACUCUUUCAGCCAGCGUGGGCGCGUCCUGUCACUGUCCACCUAUGUUGACUUAUCACUGGCAGUAAAAAGGGGCAGUCCAGCCUCUCAUCACUUAGUCCACGGCACUAGAUAAUGAAGAAAAAAGGAGAACUGCAGCUAGUGAGACAGAUGAUGUUGUCUGAAGGUCAGUUAAAAGGCUAAGAAGGACAAAAUACACUAAAUCAAAAAGCAGAAAAGGGAGCUGAACAUCAGAGCUUUACUGCUGUAGAACUAUGAGGCACAAAUGUUCAUCAAACCUCUGUGUUUAAUUAGGAUCUCUAUGUUGGAUUUGGAAGUAGAUUUUGCAAAAUUCACUACAGACUACAGUAUGAUUCGUUACGACAUGAAAUGACAUGACACAGUACUAUACAACACAAUACCAUAGGAUAUGGUAUGAUACAGUACAAUGUGAUGCAGUACUGAACGAUAAGAUGGUAAGAUGCAAUACAGUAGGAAAUGGUGUAAUACAAAUGAUGCAAUAUGAUACAAUACAACAUGGUACUACAGAAAUGAUACAGUGGGAUAUGAUGCUAUACAGUACAAUGUGAUAUGGUAUCUGUGACAAGGUGGUCCAAUAUGAAACAAGAUAUGAAAUAAGACAACAUAAUAUAUAAAAAUGAGAGGAUAUGAUAACAAUAUGAAAUAGAAAACAAUAUGACAUGACUUGUGUUAUGAUAUGAUUUGAAGUGGUUCAAAUGGUGUGAUGCGUAACAAUGAUCUGACGUGGUACGGUAUAAAACAAUAGGAUGGGAUACAAUAGGAUAUGAUAGGGAAGGACACACAACUUAAAAAAACUGCCUUUAUUAUUAACUAGUAUGAUUUUCACGGUCUUCCUGGCUUUUUUCUGAAUUUCUUGUGUUGAAUUUGAAUGCGAACAAAAGUCAGUAAAGGUUGUUAGUUGAACAACUGCUCCUGUGCCUGAACUCUGCCUAUGCAGGAAAUCACAUCAAUUACAGUCUGUGUUAUCUUAACCGAGUAGGGGUGCAAUCGUCAGUGGAGAGAUUAACAAACUGAGACAAUGAAACACACACACACACACACACACUGUGAAUGAGGCUCGAGGGGGGCAGGGAGAGCGGGUUUCUGAAGUCUUUAUUCAUGGAGCAUCAUCAAAGAGGCCACCUACCCGGUGAAAAUCACACUUAAACACAGGCUGAGGGUUUACGCUCAGUAAUUAUCACUAAUUGAGCUUAUGCAAGGAGCAGGAACCUAUCAUUACGUGCUGAGCGGAGCAGGAGAGGAAGAGGAAGGACAGGGAGAGGGACACAUGGAAAGGAGAUGGAGGCAGUGGGGAGAAAAUAGCUGGAAGGAGAAAAGAUGGUUGGAGAUGGAUGCAGGCUGAGCGGGUGAUUGACUCCUUAAUGAUGCUAUUAUUGUUUGUCACAUACAAUUAAUUCCCAUUUUUCACACUGAGACACCUAUAUACGUUUUUCAUUUCAGGCCAGUUUCCUUUAAUAAAUGUACCUAUAGCAGUAGCUUUACAUAUACAGUCCUCAGUGGAUGGGGUUUAUUUGAUUCAGCUGCAGACUCAAGUAUAGGAUCUAAUAUAGUCACAGUCAAUAGAGAAGAAAUACCCUACCCGCAGUCAUCAUCCAAAUAAUCCAAGUCUGUUAUUUCUAUACAAGUUUGUUGUUUAUUUUUUUUGUAAGCCAACACUCUGUUCUCCUCUCAGCCUCAAACAAAAGUCUGAAAAUUCCUGGUUUCAUUUAAACAAAACACAACACAAAGCUCAUACAGGAUCUGGAUCACAGACCCUGAAGUACAACAAACAUGAUCAGAGAGGCUGUGACCGCAGCCCGAGAGCAGCUGUUGACUUUUCCCCAAAAACCCCUCUGAUGGCCAAACAAACCUCUGAAAGAAAAAAGGAGUCUGUGUUGGUUUCAGUUUUUAGCUGUUUUUCAUCAGUCAAACACACUGUUUUCCUCCCCUCGGGGUGGAGAGGCGUUCAACAUCGGCCAGCUGUUUAAAUUGCUUCCAGACUCCGCGUCCGGUAUGAAUAAGAGCACAAACAUGACAGGAAUGCUGAGAAACAGGAAUUCAGGUUGAGAAAUACUUUCAUGGAGGAAAUUUAGUUUUCUCCACCCUGUCUUUUGAGUUCACUUUGUGUGCAUAGUGAUCUUAAAUCUUCUUUAAGGUGUUUGGAUGUCUCCUGGAUGAUCUUUACAUCCUUAAAAAGAAGAAAAAAUGAAGAAAUCUCAUCUUCACAUCUGUCUUUUUUAUCACUAGGGAUGACUUCAACAUCAAGGUGCUGCAGGCUUUUGUGGAGCUGCACGAGUUUGCAGAUCUCAACCUUGUCCAAGCUCUACGGUCAGCAAAAUGAUGGAUUUAAAUAGAUUUCCUGUACAAAAUGACUCCCGGCAACAUCAAAAAUUAACCCCUCCCCUGCGCUUCCAAUUUCAGGCAGUUUCUGUGGAGUUUCCGUUUGCCAGGUGAAGCUCAGAAGAUUGAUCGUAUGAUGGAGGCGUUUGCCUCUCGGUACUGCCAGUGCAACCCUGGAGUCUUCCAAUCAACAGGUCAGAAACAGAACAGGAUACUGAAUCAUAAAUCACAGUUUUUUCAUCGUCUCUGUCUGAUGUGUACUCGAUAGUCUCUCAGAAGAGUUUUUAGUUCCCCUUUGACCAGAACUUUCUUGAUCCAUUUAAAAACCAGAUGUGGGUUCAGACAGGCUCGGGGCUCAGUGAUGCUUGCUUAACCUUUGAAAAUAAUCACAAACAUAAACUGUACAUAAUUUUAAACACUAUAACUGUCACUACCCACAUACUUGCGUCUUUCAUGACAGGAUGCGUAUUAAACAGCGUACCCCUAGAGGGCGCUACCCUAAGUAAAAAGUUUAUGACAACAAACAUGGCGAUGUUGGAGAGCAUAUUGUUUAUGUUGCACUUCUUUUUCUGGUUCCUCUGCACCUUCCUCUGGUUUCUAACCAACCUGCACAACCCGUUUUCUAUAGUUUUCCUAGUUUUGUUCUUAAUUGUGUUUGGUUGGUCUUGUCUGUCAUAUUAGCUCCACUGGUGGUACUGCAGUGUUUGGUCUAUAGAUUUGCAGAAAACAUGCGUAUAUUGCAUAAAAAUAAGCUUAAUGUGCAAGACAACUCUUGGUAGUGGCUCUGGUAAUGUCCAACAUUGACUCCUGCAACUCCCUACUGUCUGCCCUCUGCUGCUUUCACAUUCAGUCUGGGGAUGAUCUUUAACUCUGCAGUGAGUCUGAUCUUAAACCAACCCAAAGUCAAAUUCAUACUCAAACCCUAUUGCUUACCUGAAAAGCAGUGAUAAAAUCAGCUCUUGUUUACCUGAAAUCCUUCAUCCAGGUCCACCCUCCAUCCCUCUGAGAGGUGCCUUGUACUCCCAUAUCAAUAAGUUUCUGGGUGGGCUCUCCUCCUCUGUUUCCCUUUAAAGGUGGAAUGAAUUACCAAACUACAUUCAACACAUGAAGACCCUUUCAAUGUUUAAGAAAAGUUUAAGGCCCCACUUCUUUCAUUAGCACCUCUGCACUGAAGCCAGACCCUACUCCACUGUUGUCCCUUACAAUCCCUUGUGAUCCUCAAAUUUAGAAAUAAGAAUAAGAAUAACCUUAAUUUAUCCCAGAAGGAAAAUUCAAUUGUCUGUAGUAUCAGUUGUCAUGUGUCAAAAGUCAUCAACUAUUUACAGAAGAGUUGUUAAGUCUGAUGGUUGAUGAUUAGGCCAUCCAUUACCGUUAAUGAAACUGCUAAACUCCAUAUUGACCAUCUACUUCACUGGUUUAAUGCUGUUUUUGACCUUUUACUGUAGAUCUUUACCUGCUCGACCUCCCAUAUUUCCCGGAUUCAAAAUCUAAUGAAGCCAAAAAAAAAAAACCUGUAUUUUAAAUUGAGCUAAUAUUUUGCAUUACCCAUGGAAACUGUAAAGUAUCAUGUGUUUUUAAGCCCCCCUGGUACUCCUACUGGGAGGUAUAUGUGUGAACAAAGUGUGAAAUCCAAUCUGUUGGACCAAGUCAAUGUAAGCAUUAUUGACCAAUGUGCCCGCAGAAGUACAGCCUGAGGGUUUUGUAAUGCAUUUAGUGAUGGCCUAUAUUUUAUUUAAUGCAUUUUAAUCAUUAAGCCGUAAGAGUUACUGUAACUAAAGCUCAACAAGGAUUAACAGGAUAACAGUGACUACAGAUCACAGCAGUAGCAGAUGUGUUUAGAGUAAAUAAGCAGGAACAAACAAGAGGCAUACAUUAUUCAGGAGGAUUCUACCUGGCUGACUGAUACACAGCGCUGUGUUAAACAAAGCCUGCAGCUACAACAGUCAACAGUAAAUAAUUAAAGACCUUAUCAGGUAACUUACUGUGUACAAGAUUGCUGAGGAAGCUGUUGGUCCCAGUGAGGAAAUAGUACAAGUUGUGCAAUUUAGUUGAAGGAUUUCAAUUAAAAUGCAUGAAAAAUAGUAGACUAUAGGUAAUAAUGCAUGGUUGUGCUGCAUUAAAUAAGGUUGGUUUUGAACAUCUUACAGGCUAUGUGUGCAGUAUGCAUGAUGAAAGCCUCAACUCUUAGACCACAUGCUUAUUAGAACAAAGUGUGUAGCAUUAUUUAUCAUGGUUAAGCCUCAUUAAAACAUGAAUUUAUCAAUCAUCUUUAAUUACCAGUAACAUAAGCCACCCCAUGGUCUCAAAACCGUAUCUAUCAUUCUCAUCAACUUUCUUUUUAUUAUCAGAAUCACAAUUAGAAUACUUUCUUUUAUCCAGGGAGGAAUUAGGUCAUUACAAUACACUUACUCCUGACAAUGCAACUGUUAAAAUAUAACAUAUAGGGAAAUAUAAGUAUGAAUGAAGUUAGGAUAAAUAAGAAAUUAUACUAGGUAGUACAAGUGCAAGAUAUUAGAAAAAAAGAAAUUGAUUACAAGGCUACGUGCAAGCAGGCUUUACACUGACAUUUUCCAGCGGUAUCCAGCUCCACUGUACUCACAGUGUGUAAAGCUCCUUUCACAGAGAAUGUGUGUAAGCAGGCAGACAAUAAGCAGCGCAGGGCAGCCAGAACCAAAGUGUGUCAGUGAGAGGAGACAGACAGAGGGGAAUGAAUGAUUCAUUUACACGCAGCCACUGGCCCGUGUGUGUCUGAACAUUAACACGAAGUACAGAGAAAAAGCACUGCCUCCUACCAGCUUGACGUGACUGAGUUUAAAGUGACGGACUCGUCUGUAAAAAACAGAAAUAGAGAGAUUCUAAUCUCUGUAUAUUUCUGUUCCUUUCUUUUUCUACCUUUUUUUCCACUAAUACCAAUUAUGAAAACCUCUAGAUGCAAAAAACUGCAUUUAUAUGAAAGAAGAAACUAACAACAAAAGGUCUUAAUGAACACUGAAUGUCACCUUAUGCCGAUGAUAUCCUGCUUUAUAUCUGAAAGCCUUAAAAUGUUUGGCUACAUGUGUGAAAUUCAAGCUUGAUCCCAGUACUGGUCUUUUAAAAAAAAGUCUAAAAUGAUAAAUAAAAUUAUGAAAUAUGCAUCUGAUGCUGGGUGGAAUGUUCUGAUAUGCCUUUUUGUACAUUUGAGUUUUGUUAAUCUCCAAUUGUAGACUGGGUAAAAGUGUAAAAUCUGUAGGUAUGGCACUGAAUUUUUGGUGUUUUAAGUGCUCUGGUUUUUUUGUUUUAGUGCAUGUAGGAUCAUCCACUAGCAUUUCAGCGAGUGUUGGCAUUAUGAAUGAAAAAAGAUUCUGUUGCCGUAGCCUCACAAAUGCUUUUGUAACAUCCAUUAGGCAUGUAUUGAAUUUUUUUUUACCACAUCUUUUUGCUAGUGGAGCUAAUUCUCCACCAUCCUACACAUUUCUAAACACCAACUCCAGCCUCACUUAUAUAGCUGCAAAUUGUACUUAAGUCUUGGUCUGGGGUCCUUGAUCGCUCACUACUGGCCCCAAAAAGUUGGUCAGUGUCAGUAAAAGCUAUGUUACUGCCAGAAGAUAGCAGACAGGUUUAGAGAUGGAAAUUUUUGUAAAAUAAGAUAAGCCAUGUCAUUGUCUAAUAGUGUACUGUCACUGAUUUAAAAAAAAAGAUCACAUUUUUUGUCAAGAUGGUGAAUUUUAUGUCAUUUUAUAUCAAACUUGUCUAUUUUUUUGCAUAUCUCAUAUCAUUUAGACCAGUUCUGAUCCAGCUUCAAGACCAAUUGUCAAGCCUCUUAUGACUUUCAUGACCAAAGUAUGAGUCACAUAAUGGCAGGUGACAACAAGCAUCAAGUUGUGUCAUUGUCACCCUCUGUGUUGCAGUGUUAAGAGAAUAUCUCACUCCUGUGGAUGCUCUGCAUCAACUGAAAUGCGUCCUCUAAAAUAAAGGCGCUGAAGAUUUGUUUGAAAAUAACUUUGACAUUCAGAUAGGGGUUGCUCUGGCUCAGAACCUACAGGCUUGUAACUGAUUUGAUCACCUUGCUGUUGCCGUCAGAUACCUGCUACGUGCUGUCAUUCGCUAUCAUCAUGCUGAACACCAGCCUACACAACCCCAACGUCAGAGACAAACCCCCUGUGGAGCGCUUCAUCUCCAUGAACAGAGGCAUCAAUGAAGGAGGAGAUCUGCCAGAGGAGCUUCUCAGGGUGAGAAUAUCCCUUUAAUGAGUGAGUGUGUGUGUGUGUGGUGAUAGAUCUCUGUGACCGCUGCAACACCCACUUCAUGAAAAACCAAUGCAUUUCCUUCACGGCUUCAUUUUUGAUGAACAGCCCUCUCCUCUCGUCCACAGAAUCUUUAUGACAGCAUCAAAAACGAGCCAUUCAAAAUCCCAGAGGAUGAUGGGAAUGAUUUGACGCACACAUUCUUCAACCCUGACAGAGAAGGCUGGCUCCUAAAGCUUGGUAUGUGCAUUCACAAUGACAGACUCAUACAUCUCUAUAUUUGUUCAGCAGCGCCUUAACAUCAGUUUGAGUUAUGUCCUUUCUCUCCAUGGUAUUAUGUGUUGUUUUAAUGUGUAUAUGUUGGCUAUAAGAUGACUGUGUAAGGACAGGACAGCUCUUGGGCAAAAAUGAUAAUUGGGAAAUUUCACUUUUGAACCUUUGUAUAUAAAUUGCUUCAUAAGAUAUUCGUGGUAGGUCCUGGAACAAAACUGAGUCAACACUUAAGCACAUAGUAAGCAUAUCAGUGUUCGCUUUUAGCUCGAUGCAUCACCGUCCCCAGUAAAACCUCAAAAAGCUGAUAGUGUAGCUGUCGACUUUGAGCUUGUUUGAAGUUAUCAGUUUUCUGCGCCAGGAGUCGAUGUUAACAUCAUACUUGAGCACUUACACAGAUAGCUAUGUUACAAGGGUGAAUUAACCUGCUUUUUCCUUGAACUGUUGUCAGCAAACUCACUUAGCUCUUAGGCCAUUGAUUUACUCUAUUUACACAACAGUCUUUUUGCCCCAAAGCUGUCCAUUUUCAUGGUGCUAUAAAUGCUAUAACAUCUGUAUCUCCUAUCUCUUCGUGUUGUUUCAUCUUCUCUUGUUUUGUCUGUCUCUUCUUCUUUCUGAUUUUACUCAAAGCAUGCUGCUUUUGUGAUGACACUUUCACCUAUAUCCCUCUGGCAUGGGGAAUUUUGUGCUCUUUGUGUCUGUUUAUGGAAAUCGUUCUGUGUUUUUUUGUCGUCACUGCCUCUCUAACUUUCACCCUUUCAACUUUCAUCUUGUUCUGUGAUGGCUGUUCCUCCUUAAAUCUCUGUGUUAGGAGGUAGGUAACACUCCUUCCUAUCCUCCUGAUCAGCUCAUAACAGAGUCCCUCAUACUGGCAUUGGCUGCCAUUUCCUCCUGAGCACACUGGGCCCCUGAACAUGCUAGCCACCUCAUUUAAUAAGCUUGUUGAGAAAAACAGGAACGUCACUGUAAAGUGGUGGGUUAUCUUUUUGUAAAGACAGGCAGGUUGGAGGUUGGUGGUCUCUUAUAUUUCGUAUAGGGAUUGGCUAGUUUCCUUUUGUUUCUUUGAAGUAGCUGGAUGACGCCCAGGGCUUGUCUCAGUUGGUGACAGGCCACUAAUUUUCGAAUGAGUAACUUUUGUCCUAAUCAGAUCAUGAUACCACAUGCAACAACUAAUAUUUCUACUGCUGGAAAUAAAAAAAACACCACGUGGGAACCAAAGUAACUAGGAUAAGGUUAAAUUUAAGUUUUUAAGAAGCAUAAUUUGGAAGUGAAAACACAGAUCAGACUCAAUGUUAUCCUCUAUUUACUAUAUAUUUAUUCUAGAAACUCAUUUGAUAUGUAAAUCCUUAAAGGUAUAAUGACAUUUUUUAUAUGUUAAUGCCCAAAGAAGAAGCCAGACAAUAGAUCGCGAUCAAUCUUACUUAUAUCAGAAUGUCAAGCUGCUAUUUUACCUAGCUUAGCAAGGUUACUGGAACAGUGGAAAAAAUGUCUAACUAGAUUUAAGGCUACAAAACCUGCCUGAAAAAACCUGCUCAGCUUACUUAUCUCCAUGAUAUUUGGUCUUUGUGCUAUGCUAAGCUAACAAAACCACCAGCUAAAAUGUUAGCAUAAUUUUUGGCAUACAGACAUAAUAGUGUAAGGUAUCAAUCUUCUCAGCAAACCCUGAGCAAGAUGUUUAAAAGCAUAUUUCCACAAGAUAAUGUGUACGCAUGUCAAGGUUGUUAAAAACAGACACAAAUGAACUUGAAAGCAAGCGAGCUAGCAUUCAUUGUAGCACCAAGGAGGGAGUCGAAGAGGUCAUCUCUCCUACGCUGAGCACGCCCUGCUCCUCAUACAGCUUCUGUUAAAAUAUCUUAUUCAGAUCACUGUCCGAUGCUUUAGUGAAUGGGCUGCAUGAAUGCACACUGCAGGGAUGCAUACUUAACCCCUGUGUCACUGGACAUUUGGUUAAACUAAGGAGACCCUUGCCCAUUUGAACUUUUGUCCUGCAUUCCUCUGCUACAGGUCUUAGUAUCAAACACUGCUGCCUGCUCCUCUCCCCUCACAGAAACAGCUUACUCUUUUUUUUCUAUUGCUUUCGAUCCCACCAGCUGCAUUUCCCAGAUCAUUUAUCUCAUUAGUGAAUUCCACACUAAUUUCAGCUCCAUCAGCAGAGUCAGCGCUUAAUGAGAGAAGAUUUCCUUUUAGUUUGAAUGAAGCACUCGGCUGGCUUUUCAGAUUGUUCACUAUGACAUAUUGCAGCACUGCUUAUAAAGCUCCAUAAGCUCUCAUUAAACCAUACUAUUAGCCAGGGGUGAGCCUGCUGCUAUGCCUGAAUCCCUCAUCAUCCAGUUUGAACAGCAUGCCAUGCCAUAUUAUUUAGGAUGAUGAGAUAAAUUAUUAAUAGGCUUGCUGUCUAAAAAAGUGACGAACAGAGAUUGUAUCUAUGUUGGUACAGUUUUAUUUUGUAGGGUAAAGUAAAAUACACAAGGAUGGAGGCUUUUUCUCUGCGAAACAUGCACACAAAGUGGAUGCAGGGAUGUCCAAAGUCAGAGGACUUUAACUGGACUUGUCAAGCAUCUAAUUCUGUUAAGUGUCUAGCGUAUACUUACUAUCGUACCAUCAGAUCAAUACUCUUCUUAGAAAAAUGAACGGUCAGUUUGCAGUAUAUCAGCUGCUCUGCAUUUAAGGACCCCAAAUUCAUCCAACAAAUAACCUUUUGACUAAAUUACACCCAUGGGAAGCAUUUUUAUCCUUUAUUCAAUAAUACUGAGUGACUAGAAAAUACGCGUUUUUAAACAUAAGAGCAGUAGGUCCUGCAGCAGCAGAAGUCAGGUUUUAAAGAUGAAAUUAGAGACCUGAAUAAACCUUAUAUCUUGAAUCUACCUGAAAACUGAGGACUGUAUUCUGCCAUGCAUAAAGCGUUUUACUUGAGUAACCUAAAGUGUAUACAUCUGGAAGUAAACACCGCUCAUAUAUAAUGUAGUUGUCGCGUUUUACUCUAGUAUUCAGUAUAGAACAAAAUCUGGGUCAAGUGAACAUUACAUAUUGAUUACAUCAGUAACGGCUGCGUGGGGCUCAAUCUGUGGAGUCAGCAAACUUGUUCUUAUAGUGCACAUGCUGCAGACAAAACACUGACAUCAGCCAUAAUAUGUUUUUGUUUGAUAAUGAAGGUAAAUCUGUCAUUGCAUCACUGACAGAAAAUCCAAUAAUCCCAAUAAUCUACCUUCAUCUGAUGAUGGUGGCAGACGGAGAGAUUGAGUCUGAGAUAAUAUUAUGUUAUUUCUGAAUCGAGAUGCUUAUCUGUUUCCACUCCUGCUUUAGUUUCAAAGGGUUUGUACAUUUUUGGGAACAGUCCACCCCUCUUCCCUCGCCUUGCUUGCAGAGCCCCCAGGCCCCCGAUCUCCUGAGGGUGGGAGGGGGUGCUGGAGGGAGAUUUGAGCCUAAUAAUGCAAAGCGCUGAUGAUCAGAACCAGAUGUGGCACGUGGAGUGAGGUCUACAGUAGGUUAGCCUCUACAUGUUCCCCCUCCCCAAUUUGAACUCAAAUGUUGUGUGUUUCCUCUCUUUUGCAGGGGGCAGGGUGAAGACGUGGAAGAGACGGUGGUUCAUUCUGACCGACAACUGCCUCUAUUACUUUGAAUACACGACAGUAAGUUAUCCCACCAGUGUGUGCUUUUUGGUGUCUGAGACAUUUGCAUCAUCUGGCUUCAAAUGCUAUUUUGACGCUAAAUAUGGGUAUAUUUGGGUAUAUACAGUAUAUAUACUGUAUAUAUGUAUAUAUAUAUAUGGGUAGCACAGCUGAAAAGAGAUGGGUAAUGUGGGGAGUAGAGAGUGGGGUAGACAUGCAGCAAAUAGUGGAGGUGGGAAUGAUCCCAAAAUAUGCGUAUCUCAGUUAGCCAUCAUCAGAAUCAAGGAGCUGCAUGUAAUUAUUAGCGCCCAGCAAUUAAUUAUUAAGUGAUUAAAGUGAAUAUGUUCCAAAUGAAUAUUUAUUUUAUAAGGUGUCAAACUUUAUUUUCAUUAUUAGGUUUAAAAUAAGAUGCUAUCUAGCAACUAUGCUUGUUAACAUCCAGGUAGCACAGCAUUAUGGCAGCAGAACCAGAGCCACAGCUUGGCCAAGCUUGGCAUCAUUAGAGCUUAGACACAUUAUAUGACUGUAAUUUAGGGCCAACAAUAAAAAUAAAGAUAAUAAUAAUCACUUUGACCAAGCAGCAAGUCUGAUGAGAAAUAGCAUCUCAUAAGUUUUGGCUUAAGAUUGUUAAGCAUGUUUUUAAAAUAUCAGUACUUCUGUUAGAAUAUCAAGUAAUUAAUUUUCAAAAUAUGUGUCCUAUUUGUUUUAAAGUUUAGUUAAGUAGUUGAAAAGGGUAUAAAUAAAAGAUGUAAGUGGCUAGAGUACCACAGGUUUAACAGUGAGGUGGAGGCAUGGAAACUUAAAAGAAUAUAUGUGAUCUACGCCCCUUUUACAUGCUAUUACACACGCAUGCAUGCACACAUGCACACAAAUGCACACGUAAAUUUAAAGACAGAGUCUGGGGUCGUUGCCCUGCAGCUCUACCUCUUUAACAGAUGCCUCCCCUCUGACCUAAAUGAACCUCACUCAAGCAAUUACCAUAAGGCAUCAUGGGAAACAUCUGCAAAAUCUACAACACACAUCUGGCUCUGCUAAGCCACAAGCCAGGCGCACCCCCAACCCCACUGCCUGUCACCCCAGACUUCACCCCAGAACCCCCCUCCAAAAAAUCCCUACUCACAUGCAUUCACCAAUCCCUCAGCACACACACACACGCACACACACACACACACACUCAUAAAAGACCCGCAAACAGCCAGCUGUGAGCAGCUGUCCCAGGGCAUUUCCUCCCCCCGCUGUGCCCCCUCAUUAGUAAGAAGAUGACAAGCAGGACAGGGGGCUGUUCCUCAAGGACCCCCCCCCCAAACAUAUACACACACCCACCCUUCACAUCUGGCCCCGCAGACUCACAGCAGUCGCUGGAGGGUGGAGGAUGGAGAGGGCAGGGUUACGUCUCCCUCGGGUGCUGUCCUCUACGUGACCAGGAUGAAUAAAAAGUCUCUAGUGGGCUUUUAUCACCCUCAGAUUUUUGUUGUGACGGUGUUAGGCUUCAGCUAAAGCUCAUAGAUAACGCUUUUAAAAGCUCAGAUUUGCUUCAGUGGUGCUUCAUUUAGCUUUUAAAACAACUAUCCCGACAUUUUAAAUUACUUUCUGAUUAAAAAAUGGCAAAAAAUAACAAUUUAAAUCAGCUUAGAUAGUUAUGAAGCUGAAAAGGGGAAUGUCAUUUUACACAAAUCAAACAUGCAUAGUUUGCCAUAAAAUCAGUCUUUACAGCAAAUUAAAAUGUUAUUCUGCUUCCUUUGUAUCUGCAUUGACUCAUAUUUUGAUUUUCUAAAAAACAAGAUGAAUGUUUGAUUGUGCUCGCAUAAUAUGAGGCAGAACUUUGACACAACAGAGCUAAAUGCUAAAAUGCCAAAUUCCAAAAUUAAAAUCACACUGUGCUGUAAGAUACAGGUUACUCUAAUUGCAUGGUACUUUUGUCAGACAACUUGAGGGUUAUGAAGAUAAUUAUUGAUGAACUGAAAGAAAACUCUAAGCUGAGCUUCCCCUUCGUGUACUUGAGUAGUUUUUUUUUUAAACUCACCUUACUGUCUUUUACCAGUCAGAAGAGUUAUUUAUCGAUCUGAUCUCGAUCUGAUGCUCAGUUAUUUAAAUUGAAAGUUCUCACAGAAAUCUUUUUUGUUUUGUUGUUGUUUCAUUUUUUACUUAAAGAAUUGUGUCGUUUUUUUUCCUGUCUUUAAAUUUUUUUUUACAUCUGUACAUUUUUUAACUGAAAAUUGCAUUUUUAAUUUUGGAAAAGAUUAUAAAACAGCUAGAGACUUGGUGUUUCAAAAGGCUGUUCAUCAUCUCUUUAGAUGAUCAUUUUAACAGUGAGUAAGUUUGGUCAAACAUGCAUCAGUUCAUUCUGAGCUCCUGCAAGGAACUUUUUAUUGGGGUCAACUUUGAUGCUUGUUACCAACAACAUAUAUUUUUAAUCCAAUUAUGUGUGAUUAUCAUACUUUUUUAUCCUGCUUUCUUUUAGUAUUUCAUUCAGUAUAGUUCACUGGUAAACUGUGAGUAUGAUGUUCCUGCUGUUGGUCUUGUCUGCUUAUGUAAGUGGAGACAUGUAACAGUAUCAGUUUCAGUCUGUUUCAUAACCUCUUCAAAACUCUCGAGUUACAACAAAGAAACAUUCAGAAAAAUCUUCUUUUUGUCCUGAUGUUGAUGCUAAUAGUCAUUUUUAUAUGUGUGUGUUUCAAGGAUAAAGAGCCUCGUGGGAUUAUUCCUCUGGAAAACCUCAGUAUCAGAGAGGUUGACGAGCCCAGGAAACCUGUAAGAAGCAACUUUAGACUCUUCUUAUCCAUCUGAAUCACACAGAGAACUGAAUCUGAGUAUAAACAGACCUACAUCUUCUAUUUUUACCCAUUUUUGGUCCAAUGUGUUCCCAGAAUUGCUUUGAACUCUACAACCCCAACCACAAAGGCCAGGUAAUCAAGGCCUGUAAGACAGAGGCGGAUGGCCGGGUCGUCGAGGGCAACCACGUUGUAUACAGGAUAUCAGCCCCAACGCCAGAGGAGAAGGAGGAGUGGAUCAAAUCUAUCAAGUAAGAGAGCGCGCACACGUGUGUUAGCAUGCUAGAGCGAUCCACUUACACUGAGGAGGCACUUAGCCAUCACCAGGCUGCUCCCAUGUGGGGCUUUCUCAUGUUUGACCUUCACUUAGAAACCCUGACACACACACACACACACACACACACACACACACACACACACACACACACACACACACACACACACACACACACACACACACACACACUCAUGUUCAUUCUGACACACUGAACUGCAAGGUUAAAGACAAACACACAGCCGGAUGUCUAAAUGUGAGUCUGUUUCUCACACUUCCACUCAGAUAACACUCAGAGGUGAUUUCUACUCGGCGGGAAAACUCACUUCCUUCGAAUUUGCAAAGAAAAACACUCACUUGCAUGUAUAAACACACUUUCUCACACACACACACUCUGGCAGCAUUUACUUCUGAUUUGUCUUUACCAAAUGUUGCUUUGUUAACCAGGCAGCAGAGUGAAGGUUGAGCAGUAAAUUGGACCUGCUGAGUGAUUGAUUAGUCGGCUGGUUAUCAUCAUCUCAGCUACAGCUUCGCCUCCAAAUAUGAUCAAUAUCACAGCUAAAAUCAUAUUACACAAUGCUUUCACUGCUCUAAUGGUAUUACUAAACCACUUAGCAUUGACAUACAUGUGUGCAUCCAUUAAACCUAGAGAUGUUUGGAAGGGUAAGUUACGGGAAAUCUUGGUGUACAGUUAAAGUGACUGGAGAGGUCAAGAGGGGGUCAUUUUCUCCGGCUAAUUGGCCAUGAGAUGACAGGCUUUCUGUGUAGCACGUUCACACGUCUGCUGCAGCUCUCGCAGUGUUUUUAGAGCAAAAAUGAAAGUGUGAUUCAGGAGUGUUUUAGUCCAGUUGCUCAUCUCUUCCUGUCACUGUAGGUUUAAAAAAAAAGGCCACAGAUUGGACUCAGCAGGACAGAGCUGAUCACACUCUUACUUGACUCAGCUGCCAAAGGCGGCAGACUGUCCCGUGGUCAGCAGGUUUACACUCACACACACACACACACACACAGAACCCACACUGUUCCACCUGACUCAUCUGUGGAGCUAGAAACUGCUCUUUUUGUGACUCCUGUACACACACUUGUACACACAGAUGCGUAACAGUAGUGCUCUCAGCGUGUACACUGUUCCUCUGCCGGGAAAGCAGCAGGUUACUCAGAGAUAUUCCCAUCAGUGGUGUGUGUGUUUGUUUGAGGACACUUCAAGGUGUGAAGUUUUGAUUUCCCUGCAGGGAGAGAUUAAAGGGCUGUGAAGCUACUGCAACACGCCUUAAAGCAGCUUCAUACCAGAGUAUCAGUCACUGCGUAUUGUGCGAGGCCUCACUUGUAAUAAUGAUUAUUAGACACUCAACUCUUCAGCCUUUAAACACAGUAAAGUUACGGUUUCUCUGCUUCUGUCUGAUGCUUUCAAAAUAUUCAGUGGUUCACACUUACGACCCAAACAGGGUAACUCUAGACCUCAAGAGGAAGCUGAUCAUUGCAAAAAAAAACACUUAGAGUUAGUAUCUGACCAUUGAACACAGAGAAACAUUUAGCGGCUUAAAAGCAAAGGCAGUAUGAGGCAUAAAUGUAGUUUUCAUGCUUCACCUUUUAGUUUCUGAAGAGACAUUUUGAAGCCAAAUAAUGGCAUACAACAUGUUGGAAAUGCUGACUCAACAAAACAUUAAUCUGUAAGCACAUAGAUAAGAUAAAAAGAACUUCAUGAGUCCCCGAAGGGAAAUUCAAAAGGAAGAGGUGAACUUGAGUCGGUCACUUAUUCUGCAGUUUUAUGUUUAACCCUUACUCUUUAUAUCAUCCUAAGGUAUAUCAUAUAAAAAUGCUGAUCCUGUGCUGAGUAUAUGAAUAAAUGAGCCAACACUCAUUGUAUUUGACUGUAAACAUGUUUCAUUUUGCUGUAAAAAUGGGCAUCUUAACUUAAAACCUAAAGAGGAUUUCUUGGCUUUUCAGCGAGCCUGAAGCAGACACUUGAAGAACUAUAGUUUUUGAACUCCUGCACUGGCUUUGUCUUUCUAUAGCAGAGUUUGCAGAAUGAUAAAACAGACAUGAUUUUUUUUUUGAGUUUUUGGAGACCAAAAAACAAAAUCUAAAAGAAGAGUGAAAACUCAACUUUUGUUGAUCAGAUAUCUUGAAAUGAGAUUCUAAUGGGCGCUAAUAUUGUGCCUUUUUUUGCUGCAGUUGUUUCAGCAUUUUACCUCAAUGGUUGAUGAUAUAAUGUUCACUUUAUGAAAUCUACUCUUCAGUUCUUUUCAGUUCAAUGAAAAAACUUUAUAUGUCCUCCAGAUCAGUGGUUCUCUAGUCCAGUCCUCGAGGCCCACUGUCCUGCAUGUUUUGGAUGUUUCCCUGCUCCAACACACCUGAUUCAAAUGAUCAGCUCGUUAUCAAACUCUGUAAUGUCUUAAUAACGAGCUGAUCAUUUGAAUCAGGUGUGGGACUGAUUGAACCACUGCUCUAGAGGCAAUCAAAGCCAUAAAAAGGAAGCAAUGGAGAAGGUGCAUCAAAACAGUAGUACAGCAGCUGCUAAAUACAUAAAUAAUGUGUUAAGUUGAUACCAGAUGAAUUUCUUGCUGGUCUGAGCAGCAGUCAGCUGUAUUCAAAGUGAAGUAUGAAAUUAAAAUGCUUAAUUCUGAUCAGGUGGUCUGAUUGGAUAAGAGGCCCCCACAAAAGUGUGGAUACAGAGGUACAACCUAAAGCUGACACACCAGAGUCACAAAGACUGCUAAAUACAUGUAGGACCCUUAUUCCACUGGUUGAUAAUGAAUUAGUUGGCCUGUAGAAGCUGUAAAAAAAUGGGUUACUUGGUAAUAAUCGAGUUUGAAUCAAGCUCUGAGACUAGAUCUGUUUGUGGAGGAAAAUGAAUAAUUAAAUAAACAAAGAAAGGAUUUGUUGCUUCUUCAUUUGUGAGUUAAAGUUUGUGAUCUUUUUGUAAGACUGUUGAACAUAAGCAAUAUCAUGUUGUUCUGUUUAGCCUUUAAAACUGAACUGCAGCAGUGCUGAUAUUCACAAUCACAUCACUCUCUCUUAUAUCCUGCUGCUUGAAUGGUGUUUUAUUGUUGAAAAGAAAGUAAAGAGUUCAGGAGUAAACCCACACAUUUAUGGUGCAUUAGUAAUUUCUUCUUUAUUCAUUUUGACAGCUAUCUCUUUCUGCAGACAGCUUUUAUUGAGUAGUUCAAGAGUUUUGAUCCGCGACGUGAUGCGUUUUGUAGUUUUUCUCCCUCUGUUGCAAAUCUAAAUAAUGAAUUGUUUAGUGAAGAUCUUCACAGCUCAGUGAGUGAAGUCUGACUGACAACCAGACGUCUGCAGAGGUGUAACAAAUGACUGUAAAUGUCAGGUUUUGGUGUAAAAAACUAAAUCAAAGCAAACGGGAUUCAGUCUGGAUCUCCCAGAACACACUGAAGGCACACGGCAUGAUGCAUUUUUGGUGAGAUGACUGAUGGAGACAAGACAGAUUAAGGUCAAGUUAAGAGGACAAGAAAUACAUGAAACUCGUGCCAAAACAAACCAGAAAUGAAGAUGUUUGUGCUGUUUCUCUACUUCGACCUUUAAUGGAAACUUUUUUUGUUCAGAAAAGUGGAAAAAUCUCUGAUCCUGUCAUUUGUGUCCUGUUUCCACAGAGCAAGCAUCAGCAGGGAUCCUUUUUACGACAUGCUGGCCACCAGAAAAAGAAGAAUAGCCAACAAGAAAUGAUGACUGUCCACCUGAAAUGACACCUUCAUCUCGUUCCAGAGUCCUCCUGUGUGUGUUAGUGUGUGUAUUUGUGUGCGACAGGAGCCAUGAAGACCUCCUGUUGUAUAUUCAGGGCUGGAGGGCGAGAAAUGGACAGAGGUGGGAGUUUUUCAGACUGAAAUGGAUUUUCUGCACCUCAGUUCUUGGAGGAUAUGGACAUGACGGUUUUAUUAAACGGGCAUGGACUUUUGGAGGGACGAAAAAUAUUACAAAACUGGAAGAAAACCCAAGGAAAAGGGACUGGAGUCAAAGGGGAACGCUUUGCAAAACGUGGCUUUGACAAGAUUGCCCUCUGCUGGGCGUAUGAGGAGGUUUACCGUCUCCUCACACGUCCUUUGGAAACUGCCAACACCAACAGUAGUAGUAUCCUGUUGCUACGAAAAAGCCUCAAGCUCCUAAAUCAGCUGGUCUGAUUGUUAGUCAUCAAGUGACUGUGUCUGUAUAUGCAAACACUCUGGUUUACUCAAAGAAACAUGAAAUUUAAGCUCAUAUACUUUUUCAUUUAAAGUACGUUUCCAUGUUACCUCUAAAGACAAAGAAAUUCAUGCAGGACAGAAAAAAAAACAUAAUUUUGAGUGGAAUGACCCUUUAAGUGGCCGCAGUUUCAGUCCGUCACCAUAUGUAUUGAAGAUCCUACUUUGUGAUCAUCUCUUUUGUAUUUAUUUCUAAAAUUUUGUUAAAAGGCACCCCAUUUUACAUUUUGCAUGUAUAGUAGUAAGUAUAUGAUGUACAUACAGUUUUUUCUUUGUUGUGUUCAUGUAGCAUGUCAAUCAUAACGGCUGUAGACUCACCUGUUCACCGUUUUUGUUCAUAACCGUUUACAAGAGUGGAAGUGAUGUGCAGCAGUGAAACCUCCUCACGCUGUCAUCACACCAGAUCAGAUAAAAACAUGAUGUUAUAUGAAGUUGUGAAGGAGGGAGUACAGGAAACAAGCGGGUUCAAUUUCCUUUUGAAUACUGUGCAAACGCUGACUGGAAUAUGAAGACUGUUUCCCCCCCCGACAGAUCAAACCAAACAAACAGCAGCCUAAUUUUUCGCUAAUAGAUGUAGUUCUGAGAUUUAAAGAGAGAUUAAUCCUAAUCUGGGAAAAUUUGGACUGGAUACUUCGAUGCUGAAGAAUUUGAAUAAAAAUACAUGCUGAUUAGAAAACAA